UACUGAAUUUAUAAUCAUACCAUUGUGCUCGCCACCUCGCGCUCGCCGUGACCAUCUCCUACACUCACACGCCAGCCGCAACAACCACACAUCCACGCUGGCUAAGCACGUGCACCCAGUGCGUACUUGCUACCACACACGAUCAGACUCUGCAACCACCGCCCAGAGCCAUGGGCAGAAGAGGUCGCAGAGGAACCAAGCGAAACCAUACCCUACCAACCACCACGAAUAAAAAAGAACGCAUAGACGAACCAAUGGGAAAAUAAAGAUCGGCGUCCACAUCUCCGAAAUCGACCAAUCAAGAGUCGGUAUCAGGUGGAGUAUUGUUCAAUCAUAAUUAUCAACGAAAAUUGCGUUUGGGUUUCACAAAUUCUAUGCAGAAAAUUAAGUUUGAUUUGAAUUUUAUUUCAUUCUUAACAAAAUGGUAAAAUAUUACAGUAUGUAAUCGUGCACCAUGUGCUCGGACGUGUCCUUCAGGCUGAAGGUGAACUACAGCACGCUGAUGGCGCACCUGAACCUGACCCAAGACGAGCUGCAGAACCUGCUGAACAUCACAUGGUUCGGCGGAGACGACAACGACCGGUCCGACCCGCUGUCCACGAGCUGCUACUGCAGCGGCAGCGUGAAGAGCUAUUCACUGUGGUUCCGCGCCGUCCACGGCUACGUCAGCCUGUUCCUGUGCGUGUUUGGCGCGCUGGCCAACGCGCUCAACAUCGCCGUGCUAACGCGCAAGGAUCUGGCCACGUCGCCCAUCAAUCGCAUACUGUGCGGCCUGGCCGUGGCCGACCUGGUGCUCAUGGUCGAGUACAUGCCGUUCACGUGCUACAUGUACCUGUCCACGGCCAAGAAGGAGGAGUUCUCGCACGUGGGCGCCGUGUACGUGCUGUUUCACACGUAUGUGUCCCAGGUGCUGCACACCACGUCCAUAGCACUCACGCUCGUUCUGGCCAUGUGGAGAUACGUCGUGGUCAAAUUGCCCAAUUCCAUGCACACCAUAUGCUCGGAUCGGCGGUGUGGCAUAGCCAUCAAGCUGUCCUAUCUGCUGCCGUUCAUAGUAUGCAGUCCGACGUUUCUGGUGUUUGAAAUACUUAAGACGAAAGUCGUCGAAAAUGGUACCAUAUCGACACUGUACCAUUUGGGUUUGAGCCGGUUGGCCCGGGUUAACCACGAACUGUUGUACAUGAUGCACCUGUGGACGUACGCCGUCAUCAUCAAACUGCUGCCUUGUCUGAUAUUAACGGUUGUAACGAUAUCCUUGAUAAAUGCGUUGAGCGAGGCGUCCGAAAGAAAAGCAAAGCGACUCCCAACUCAGCAGCAAAUGGCUCGCAAAAGAAAUAUGAAACUGAAGAAAAGAAUGGAUCGAACAAGUCGUAUAAUGAUCGCGGUGUUAUUAUUAUUUCUUGCCACAGAAUUCCCACAAGGAAUACUGGGUCUCCUAAGUGGAAUACUGGGAAGGUGUUUUUUCCGAACUUGUUACAAUUUAUUCGGCGAGUUAAUGGACAUGUUAGCCCUCUUGAACGCAUCGCUAAAUUUUGUAUUUUAUUGCUGUAUGAGCAAACAGUUUAGAGUAGCGUUCGGUAAAUUAUUCGAAACCCGGCCUAGCAUUAUUCUUAAGCCCAGCAAUAUACUAGAGACAUUCGUAUAG